UAUUUGUCACUUGUGCGGAGAAGUUUGUCGCUCGCGGGUUGUGCCGAUAAAUCCGCUUUUGUUAGGUCCCACAGUUUCUGGCUAAAAAGGUGCGAUCGCAAUAACAUCAAACGCGAGCUGUAUGUGUGUGUGUGUGUGCGUGCGUGCAGUGUGACAGGCGAGUGUGAAUCCCCGGAAGUGGUGCACUAAAAAGUGGUUAACACGCGGAGAGCCAAAUCACGGGGGGAAAAAGUCACCCACUAACUAUUGUCGCAGCCGCCGCUGCCAUCGUUAUCAACCGGAAGAAGACCCCGCAAGUGGGCUGCUGCUGUCGUCGAUCCCGAUCUAUCGAUCGAUCAGAGACACUUCGGUCCCGCCAUCUCACCCCCCACUAUCCCCUCCCCUAACGUCCCGACCACACUAAAGCAUUGAGAGUAUUGUUCGGAUCACACGGGUCCGUCAGCGCCACACGCAUCGCAUCGAGGACGAACAGGUUCCUUUCUGCGGCGCGGAACCAGCACCAACCAGCGGCCCACUUUCCACCGUUCAGUAGUGGCCGGAAGUGGCGCACAGAAUAACGCAUACAUCAGCACACGAAGGGCAGUGAAACGGUGCGCGCGUCCGACGGUGCGACUAAUAAACGAUCAAAAUGACCAAGGAUAGAUUAGCUGCUUUGCAAGCGGCACAAAGCGACGAUGAGGAUAUGCCAGAGGAUGUGGCUGUGCCGGUGGAGGGCGGAGGAAGCUUCAUGGAGGACUUCUUCAAGGAGGUGGAAGAGAUACGGAUGAUGAUCGACAAAAUACAGGCCAAUGUCGAGGAGGUGAAGAAAAAACACAGCGCAAUCCUGUCGGCGCCACAGUCGGAUGAAAAAACCAAACAGGAACUCGAAGACCUCAUGGCCGAUAUCAAAAAAACUGCCAACAGAGUUAGAGGAAAGCUUAAGGGUAUCGAGCAAAACAUCGAGCAGGAGGAGCAGACGAGUAAGUCGAAUGCCGAUCUUAGGAUACGAAAAACGCAGCAUUCGGCCCUGUCGCGCAAAUUCGUCGAAGUCAUGACGGAGUACAACCGGACCCAGACCGACUACCGAGAGCGAUGCAAAGGAAGAAUACAACGACAGCUGGAGAUUACGGGUAGAGCUACGACAAACGAGGAACUCGAGGAAAUGUUGGAGCAGGGCAACUCGGCCGUCUUCACGCAGGGGAUAAUUAUGGAGACCCAACAAGCGAAGCAAACGCUGGCCGAUAUCGAAGCAAGACAUGCGGAUAUUAUAAAGUUGGAAAAUUCAAUUAGGGAGCUGCAUGAUAUGUUCAUGGACAUGGCGAUGUUGGUCGAAAGUCAGGGUGAAAUGAUUGAUCGUAUAGAAUAUCACGUCGAGCAUGCAAUGGAUUAUGUUCAAACAGCGACACAAGACACAAAGAAAGCGCUUAAAUAUCAAAGCAAAGCCCGCCGGAAGAAGAUUAUGAUCCUGAUCUGUCUGACCGUGCUCGGGCUGAUCGUGGCCUCCUACGUCAGUAGCUACUUCAUGUAAACAAAAGCAGACACCACAUAGAGUCGGGAGCGAAAGGAGAGAAACACUCGACCCGGAGAUCGCGCGCAAGAGAAAUGUGGAGCAGAGUAGUGCUAAUAAGUGGAUGCUGCUGCUGCGGUGUGUAGGGGUAAACCCACGUGCGUCACGAAGAAAGAGAACUCGAAAGAUUCUGCUGCGCUGCCACUAAUUUACUACUCUACCCAAAAUGGACACAAAAGAAGCGGACAUCACCAAAAAAGAGACAACAACAUCAUCGGAAGCAUGUGUGCAGACAAAGCUCUUCGGCUCUUCAGCGCGCCGUCUUUAAUCGUGUUGUGUGUUUCAAAGAGAGAGCAAGAGCGCAGGCAUCACAGGAGUUGUGUCAAUUGCAGAUCGAAGCUCUUUCCUGAUCGAAAAAGGACAUCUAAGGAAGCGAUGAUUCGGCGUGUUAACUACUAUGUCCCCCGUGUUCAUGCGAAAGGAUCCAUUCCUUCUUGAUUCAAGCGAAAGCCUACUAUGCUCCGUUGUGUUUGCCCCAAAAGCUAGUCGACCGGCAAGAGUGGUACGCGUGCGGAACACCACCGAGCACAGCACACUAGAUAUGAUGAUAUAAGCCCGUUGAGAGCCGAGUUGACAGCGCUGGUCUGUCGGUUGCGUCGCCGCCGAGUGUUUGUCUGUUUCACGAAUUCUCCAUUAAUGGGACUACGCACGACGCGCAACGACGUGUUUAUUUAUCUUUAAACGCUUGAUUAACGCUGUAGAGCCGAGCGCGACGAGAGCGGAAUCGUUUAACAUGAAUAUUAUAGAGAAAUUGCGUAAAAUCUGUGAUGCUAUUACCUGUGGGGGUUGAUACUUAGUACUCUUGCGAAAAGUAUUCUACAGCAUAACUAGAGAGAGAAAGGACCGGAUUCACAACAUACACGUAUGCUGCCAGCGCGCGCACUAGAACACCAUCAUCAUGGAGCACACUACUAACAGAGAGAGAGAGAGAGAAAGAUAGACCACUACUAGAAACAGACCCAAAUCUUCGAAACUCCUCCGUCUCCGUCACAAUUUAUCCAGGCCAAACUGUACGCGACCUAUAAAAAAAACACGAUCGAGCGAUCACCUACUACCAUCAUUCACCGCAUUUCAAAGUAUCAAAGCCAGUGUUCUGGGUUCUGGAAGGAGAAGAAGCAGUCGUGUGUCCGGGGAAAACUUGUACACCGAAGUUAUCAUCGCACCCCCCUUUAACGUCGCGUUUGAGGACAGGGUCGUUUCGCGCUGCAUGAACCACCAGGGAUAUAAAAAACGGGGAACGAUAGAGUGUGCAACCCUUUGCCGAACCAGUUUUAAUCACGUUACCGAUCACGACUACGGUGCACUACAGCCAAACAGUAAUCAAACAGUACUGCAUUAACAGAAGAAAACCAAAAAAACAGACCAGGUUCAACACUGCGGAACACUCUCACUAUCACGGGAGGAGGGUCAACUCUCACAGUACAGACACAGGAACAGCUAACCAGAAGAAUCAGACCAGAGCAUAGCCCGCCGCUCCGGCUGAUGUAGUGUAAAACCAAAUCCAGAUGCGAUAGAAAGAUACACACUACAAAAUCAAUAGAUCAUGUUUACCCACCUAAGUGUGUGUCCCCCUUUUUUGCUUGAAUCACGUAAAUUACAACAGGUAUAUACUUGACUAAAUGUAACAACCCUUACACCUAAAUGUGAUCCCUUUCUGUUCACGUACACAUGCCUCACGAUCAUACAACACCUUCACUAUCGCGCCAGCAGCAGUAUAUACCACACAUCAAUCAAGUCUCCUCCACGAUCCUUCAAAACUAUACCGCUUUACGUGGCCCACCUCUCUGAUUUCCGACGUUUGACUUUGUUUUUCCUUUACCUACGUUUCUUGCCUUUUGCAUAAGACGAAAAAAGUUCCCUCUCACGUUUACCGAGCGAAUGCGGUGGAUCCUCCUCAAUUUUAGUGUAGCCCCUUGGACACAGCCGAUGACGCAUUUUCGUUCGUAGAUUUAACACAAGUUCCCGUUAGCUAGCCAUACGCGGGAGUGCGCCCUGUUGGUUUUGUGUGCCGUCGAUCGCGUUACGAACAAAAUAGAAGUUUAUUUUGUGUUGAUUUUUCUUUAUCGUAAUGUAGAUUGUAUUAGUAAACGACGCGGUGGCUAGUGUCUUGUUCUUUUGGUGGCUAGUUAUGCAUUUAUGCGCCAUGGCUUUGAGCCACCCAAACCGCUGUUGUUCCCUGGGUGCGGUGAGAUGUUUCCAGACAAUAACCGUCUUCGUAACCACACAUGAUGCAUUUGACUACUUCCUGUGAAGUGUGCAGUAGCGUAAGGCUGUAAAUAACACCCGGGGUGUGGAGAAAAAACACUGUGUUAUAUAUACCAACAAGCGUGUUACAUCCUAGCAGUAGUGUAGCGCCCUGUACCCUGUAGUGGCAGUAGUCGCAACGUCGCAAGAUAAGCAAAUGCGUCGAAUGAAUCGAACUUUAGAAAGCGGCCGCUGCUCUCAGCCCUCACCACACACAGACACACGUUUUAUCCAUCUUCACUUACUUUUUGAUUUGUGAUGUGUGAAAUGUAAAAUGUAACAGCACGACAAAAUAAUGAAAAUAUAAUUGUACCAUAGAACCGCGACGGUUUUGCUUCACGAUCGCUCACGCGAUAUCCACGCGGCUGACCAUGCGGUCGGUGCGCGAUACGUUGAGCCCGAAAGUACGUAAUGUUGCCGUUGUGUUUUUGAAUAGAGUGUAUAAGAGCCAACCUUUGUUUUUUUAAAGUUAUGGUUUCCUCUAGGUAGAAGUAAGCUCACCGAACACAAUCACCAGCCCCCGUUAUAUGCGAUCGCAAUGAACACAUAAUCUAAGCGCGGUUUAAACAAUAUGUGAUUAUU